GUGAAUUUGUGUUCAAAAUAUUAUUUCCCACACUGGUCAGUCACCAGAUGGCUGUUACAACGCUCUGCUUCCGAAACAGAGCAUCUCCCACCUUCUUCUUCUUCCGCUUCCUUUCUCUCUCCUCAUUGCAUGGCUCUUCUUCCAACCACACUCUCCCCAUUUCGUCAGACCCACUUCCCGCAUCACCAGACGAUGUCAACGAUAUCUCUCGCUUGCUCAGCGACUUCCGUAGCCCCCGGCACGACAUCGAGUCUGCACUCGCACCAUUUUCCUCUAAACUAUCCACAAAUUUGGUUGAACAAGUUUUGAAAAGAACCAAAAAUCUGGGCUUUUCUGCUCACAGAUUCUUUCUCUGGGCUAAAAAGUUACCGGGUUUUAAAGCCGAUGUUAAUAGUUACAAGAUUCUAAUUAAUGUUCUGGGUUGUAGCAAACAAUUUCCUCUGAUUUGGGAUUUGCUUUCUGAGGUGAAAUCAACUGAGAAUAUUGAACUGAUCCCAGAAAUUUUCUGGGUUAUUUUUGAUGCGUAUUGUAGAGCAGACUUGCCAAAUGAUGCGAUUCGAGCUUUUAAUCGAAUGAAUGAUUUUGGACUUACCCCGAGUUUGAAUGAUCUUGAUCAUCUUUUGUAUUUGUUGUGUAGGAAGAAAUUUGUCAAAGAUGGGCAAGAGUUUUUUGACAAUGUCAAGUGUAAUUUUGAUCCGGGUGUGAAGAGUUACACUAUUUUGAUCCGAGGUUGGGGCGAUAUUGGUAAUUCUGGGGAAGCACGUAAGGUGUUCGAUGAAAUGCUUGAAAGAGGGUGUGUAGUUGAUGUUCCUGCUUAUAACAGUUUAUUGGAAGCCAUGUGUAAUGGAGGGGAUUUGGAUGAAGCGUAUGCUAUGUUUAGAGGGAUGGGAUCGAAGGGACUUACUCCAAAUGCUUGUACUUAUUCGAUAUUCAUUCGUUCUUAUUGCAAAAGAGAUAACAUUCACUCUGUUUUCAGUGUUCUUGAUAGAAUGAAGAGAUAUGAUUUGGUGCUUAAUUUAUACACUUAUAAUUGUAUCAUUAAGAAGUUGUGUGCAAUUCAGAAGGUUGAUGAGGCACACCAACUUUUAGAUGAGAUGAUAGAAGGCGGUGUUAAUCCAGACACAUGGAGUUACAACGCAAUCAUGGCUUUCCAUUGUGACCGUAAUGAGGUAACCAGAGCUUUUAGAUUGCUUUCCAAAAUGGAGAAGGGAAACUGUAAACCAGAUCAUCAUACAUGUAACAUGUUGCUGAAAAUGUUGAUUAGAGUUGGGAGAUUUGAUAAGGUUGAAGAAGUGUGGGGUAGUUUGACACGAAGGGGGUUUUAUCCUUCAGUUUCAACUUAUGCUGUAAUGAUCCAUGGUUUUCUGAAGAAGAAAGGGAAGUUGGAUGAAGCUUGUAAAUACUUUGAGAUAAUGAUUGAUGAAGGAAUCCCGCCUUAUUCUUCGACUAUUGAACAGUUGAGGAACCGGUUUGUGGGAUGGGGUAUGAUGGAGAAGGUAGAGAUAAUGGCUGAUAAAAUGGAGGCAAGUAGUUCUGAAACGAUUAAAGAACUAUCGAAAACAAUGAGAGGUCAUAGGUCUCAGCGAAGAAGAAGAUGGAGAAGGGAUGAUGAAACCUCAGAAUCUAGUGAAGAAGAAUGGCCUUUUAUGCAUGAUGCUACAUAAUGAUCAUAGUUCUUCUGGUCAGUGAUCAAGUUUGUUUCGGUUCAUUAAUGGUAGUGUGAUCCUGAUUUACUACAGGAUUACCAGUUAACAUACAGAAAAAACAGUGUAACAUUGUCAUUACGAAAGAGUUACAUGAAGUAGAAUAAGAUAUGAUUGAGCUUGGUUUUAGUGAGCUAUUUAAUCUAGGAAGGAGCUUAUGCAUGAUGUUUUCUAGCUGUUGAGUUGUACUCUGUAACUUGUAAGAGUAUUUGUUAAUUUUUUCACCGGUAAAGUUUGCUGCAUUGAAUCAAA